GCCAUUCGCUACUCCGGCUGCGAGAAGAACCAGAGGCUGGAAGCGUCGCGAGAUCUGGGGUCGGGAUCUCGCUGCGUUGCCUAGCGACUGGGAGGACGCUCGCGGGCCCCCCAGUUAACCCCCGCAGUAGCCUUAAAUCUCCUACCAUGGGGGAAGAAGGCGGCGGCCGCAGCUGUGGGACCACUAGGGACCUGCAGAAGCUGAAGCAGCAGGCGAUGGAGUACUACCGGGAGAACGACGUUCCGCGCAGGCUGGAAGAGCUGCUCAACUCCACCUUCUACCUCCAGCCUGCCGACGUCUACGGGCACCUGGCAAACUGCUUUUCUAAACUUGCAAAGCCUCCCACCAUAUGCAAAGUCGUGGGGAAAAAUGUGCUGGAUGGACUGGGGCUUCCAACACUGCAAGUGGAAAUAUUCUGCACCAUUCAAAAUUUUCCCAAGAAUAUAUGUUCUGUGGUGAUCUCAACUCACUUCGAAGUCCACGAGAACGCUUUACCCGAGCUAGUUGAAGCAGAGGAAUUAGAAAGGUCAGAUGCCGUCAGCACUGCGGUGCGGUGGGUCAACGAAACCAUCACCGAGGAGCUUCAGGGCUUAGCUCCUUCCAACCAGGCUGAGGUGGAUCAGGUGCUCAGGACAUUCUUUGAAAGUAAAGUACAAGAAGAUAAGGAGAGAAAAGAAUUGGAAAAGAGCCUGGAAGACUCCACAGUGCCUACACCUUCACCUCUAACACCACCACCGCCUCCUCCACCUCCAGCCAAAAAAAAAGGACAGAAGCAAGGGAGGAAGGAUACUCUUACAGAAAAACCAAUUGUACCCCCAGAACCUGUUGAACCCACACUCUGUGGCAGCAUGGCCAUAGGAGCUGUGUCACUGGCUGUUGCCAAAACCAGUGCCGUGCUGGGCAAUAAUCCUCUAUACUUAAAUAUUGCACUGCUGAAGCACCACCAGGAUCAGCCAGCAAAGCUAACUAUACCUCUCCUGAUGGUAUCUCUGGUCAGCUGUGGGAAGGCAUCACCUGGCAAGCUGAAUUUAAUGAAAGAAGUGAUUUGUAUACCCCAUCCUGGAUUAACAGCUAAACAAGGUGUGGACAUGCUUCUGGAAAUUCAGAAACACAUUAACAAAACAAUUGAAAUGUCCCCUCCUCCAAAACCAGAGACAAAAAAAGGUCAUAAUGGUGGAGGCAAAAGAGGUCAACAGCAGAUCACUGGCAAGAUGUCCCAUCUUGGCUGUUUAACCAUUAAUUAUGACACCAUAGAGCAGCCACUGCUCCUAAUACAAGGAAUCUGUGCGAACCUGGGGCUAGAAAUGGGAACGAAUCUCCAUCUAGCCAUCAACUGUGCUGCACAUGAACUGAUGGACUAUAGUAAAGGAAAGUAUGAAGUGAUGAUGGGAACCUACAAAAAUGCAGCUGAGAUGGUUGACCUGUAUGUGGAGCUAAUCAACAAGUUCCCUUCAAUUAUUGCAUUAAUUGAUCCUUUCAGGAAGGAGGACUCUGAACAGUGGGACAGCACCUACAAUGCUCUUGGUUCCAAGUGUUACAUAAUCGCAGGCACCGCCUCCAAAAGCAUCUCUAAACUUCUAGAGGAUGGGAACAUCGGCAUCCUCAGAUGCAGCGGGCUGAUCGUAAAACACACAAAUCAAACUACGAUGUCUGACUUGGUGGAAAUGACCAAUCUUAUCGACAGUAAGAAGCACAUCACUGUCUUUGGAAGUGCAGAAGGAGAGUCGUCUGAUGACAGCCUUGUCGAUUUGGCCGUUGGACUUGGUGUCCGGUUUAUCAAGUUGGGAGGUCUUUCUCGUGGCGAACGGGUGACUAAGUACAACCGCCUCUUUACUAUAGAGGAAGAACUUGUCCAGAAUGGGACACUGGGUUUCAGUGAAGAACACACAUUUUUCUACUUGAAUGAGGAAGCUGAAAAGGCUGCCAUGGCUGGUGAGCUGCCUGAGCCCCCGAAGCCCAUCUUCGCCACAGAAGUUGUGGAGCAAUCAGCCAAAACAUGAGUGUCUUCCAGACGGGCUGCACACACCCCAGCUGACAGCCACACCACUGGUAUCAUUAGACUGGGAGAUCUCAAGUAUGUCUUCAUUUUGGUUUUGCUCUAAAACUUCACUAACUCGUGUGCUUUUUCUUCUUUUAAUUUCACUGUUUGGUGAAAUACAGAGAUAGUAUUUUGCCCCGAAUUAUAUCUGUGAACCUUGUCUUCUGGCCAUCACAUUUCUAUGGGGAUCUUGUUUGUAUACGAGCUCUCCUGUCCAUUUUGGGGGGUCAUGACCUAGUAAAAGAGUACAAUAUUUUUGCCACCAACUCCACACUCAGUUCAAACACCUCAUACUAGGAGCUCUCUCUGCCAGGAAGGUGUACAUCUUCUGUUUCACGGAUUUUUUAAGAGCCAAAUAGCUUCCUCUCACUUUCCUACCCUUAAUUCCCUUUUCUCUGAUUCCCAUCUCUUUCUAGAUUUUAGUUGUUCAUCUAUCAUUUAUAUCUUUGGGGGUCUCCUUAGAUCCUUUUUGGAACAAGAAUGAGCAUAAGUGAGUAAACACAUCAAUGAAUGAAUAUUCUUAAAGCAAUUAAAUGCCCAAUCAUUUUUACUACAGAAUCUAGUAGGUGAUUAAAAAUGAUGCAACAUACAGAUUGGCUGAAUUGUCUCUUCUGAAAGCCAGUAUCCGGGUUAUAGCAGAGGAUGACCAGAAAUAAACAUAUUCAAACACAUACCUAUAGAUAUAAUAAUAUCCAACUGCUUUAUAUGAUUUAGAUUCUCUGUUCAAACUGUUACUAUUUGUCUUUGCCCCAAAUUAUAUAAAUUGCUAUGUACUGACCUGUGAGAGAGUUGGCUAAGUUUAGAUUUCUGAUAUAUUCUAUAAGUUUUUACUAAGCAUCCUGAGGACCUCUUCUUUUGAAGAGUACUAAGAGGGGAAGGUAAUGGCCUUAUGGCAGAGCCAAGGCCUUACUGUAAAAGCAGUGAUUUAAAAUAGGCUCAGUGGCAGAUUCUCUCAGAGCACAGGGCAGGAGAACUGGUUGGUAUCACUCUAAGUUGGGAGAACUGUGUCACAGUCUGUUGUUGCUACUGCCUUUCCUGAUGCUUAGCAAUAAACAACGGAUGAGUGUUCAGAUAGCCUCUGCACAUGUACACACACACACACACACACACACACACAGAUGAAAUAUGGGAGAUCGUAUGACAGUAUGCCCUGGAAAUGUGACAAAAAUUAUAAUUAAAUGAAUGAAACUAGAGAAAAAAGGUACAACCAAGUUAAUAACUGAAUAACUACAUUAAAUUAACCAAAGAGGUGAUUUAUUACCUCAACCAAGUCAACACUUUAAUUUCAGCGCUGAGCACAGCCUAUUCACCUUUUCCUUACUUGAGGAUUGGGGUCACCAAUGGAUGUGUAGCAUUUCAAGUUUUUGAAAGUGAUAAGCACUGUUUCUAUUUAUAUAUUUUCUCUCUCUCUACAUAUAUGUUAAAGGAUAUAUAAUAGAUAUAAAACAUAUAUAUAUAUAUAUGGAAUUACAUGUAAAGAGAUGAAAGAAACUCAUCAUACCCUGUAUUAAAAAAUGGCAGUGGGACGGGGAAAUGUUAGUGCUCCGAAGAAACUUCAAACCAAAUGCAGUCCUUAAGUAAGGGCUGCUUGAUGAUCUUCCUAAGGUCAGUGAUGAUAAAGAGACGGCUAUCCAUUCUCCACAGCUUAUUGCCAUAUAAGCUGAAGCUGUUCCACGAUGAAAGUGAUUAAACAUGUAUAGUGCACGUUUAUAAAAAUCAUCCGAACUUUGUUUUUAAGAUUCUGUGAUACAGACUAUACACUAUACCUACCAUACAACCUAAAAAUGGUCUGAAAGAUUAACAAUAACCUCUACCUGUACUAUGCCAUUUCUAACAAACAUUUACUGUUAACAAAACAGGUGAGGAAGGAGGAAUUACCGGCGAGUAGCCAGAGCCAAAACACGCAUCUGUUUUUACUCAGGCCAAUCAAGGCGGGAUGGUUACAGCCCUGCUAAUUCCCUCCAAUCAGAAUUUCCACAGGACUGAUCAACUGCUGAAACCACUGUAGGUGAGGAGUUUAUGUGAGACUAUCUCAGAUACAAAAGGAUGCUAGAAUUAAUUUUAGCAAAUUAAUUUUAAAUGCUUUGUGAUGUUGGUGAAGAAAUAAGCAGCUCAGAAAAGGCAAGAACACUUUCAAAAUACUGUACCAGUGACUAAAUGUUGCCUGGUCCAGCUAACACAUUUCACAAAUGGUUAACUUCUUACCCUGGAAAGGGUGUGUGGUUAAAUAUGGAAUGACAAGUGUACAUAUUUUUAUAUUCCUAAAUAUGUGUAAGACACAUGCCAUCAGACUGAUAACAGACACAGGAAUGCAGAAAGCAGGAAGAAACAAAGAAUAGAAUUCCUCAAAAUAAACCAUUUUGUGGAUUAUUAAAAAUUACUAAAGUUAUCAAGUCUUACACAAUUUUCAUAUUAAAGAAUGUCAAGUUUGGGGAACUAAACCAAAAAUGUCAAUAACCACAAUUGACCUUUAAUAAGGGAAACU